AUGAUUCCGAAAAAGAAAGGUGUCAUUAUUUUCACUACAAGUAUAGUAUCGACGUUAUAUAGUGAUUUGACUCACAUCUAUACCGCUUCAAAGAAUGCACUUUUGGGACUUACUAAGAAUGUUGGAGUCGAAUUAGCGAAAUACGGAAUAAGAGUUAACAGUGUUUCUCCUUAUGCAAUUAGCACACCAUUGAUGUUAAAUGCAUUUAGAGUAAACAAAGAAAUGGGUGAUCAAUGGUUUGCAGAAGGAGCAAAUUUAAAAGGAGUUCUGCUAAGUGUUGAAGAUGUGGCAGAUGGAGUGUUGUAUUUGGCAAGUGAUGAAUCUAAAUAUGCAAGUGGACUUAAUCUUAUACUUGAUGGUGGUUAUACCACUACAAAUAUUGCUUUAGGAGAGGCCUACAAGAGAUUGUUCAUCAACAAAACAAUGUAA